AUGUCUCACCUCCUCUGUGCCUUACUGUCCCUGUUUUCCUUUGCUGCCCUACUGGAAAGUGCCCAGUGGAAGCUGCAGGAAAAUGUGUUCGUCGUCGACUCCCGCUGGGACGCCGAGGCCCCGGCCACCACGGUGGAGCUGAGCUGUGCCAGCCCUGAGGAGGCCGUGUACUGGAGACAGGACUCCAGCCCUUUCCAGGAGGGGAAGCACAGAGGGAAGACUCUGAGAGUGGCAGUGAAGGAGCUCCCUGACGCCGGCAGCUACAGCUGCGUGAGCGAGGAGAGCCACAGGGUGCUGAGCUCCAGCCUCCUGCUCAUCGCCAGGAUCGGCCCCGACGGCCACAUCCUCAGGGACAUCCUCAAAGCCUUCACGGAGCCCAGGACAUUUUUGAAGUGUGAGGCAAAGAACUACUCUGGAAUUUUCACGUGUUCCUGGAUGACAGAAAACAAUCCAAAUGUGAAGUUCACCAUCAGAAGCCUGGAAGGCCCCCAGGGGAACGUGUCCUGCAGCAGCCCCGUGGCUGUCACCAAGGGGGACCUGACCACCUACACAGCCCAGUGCCACAAGGAGAACUUCUGUCCCUUUGCUGAGGAGCACCAGCCCAUCGACAUCAUCCUGGAGGUCAUUGAUGAGGUGUUAUACGAGAACUACACCGCCAGCUUCUUCAUCAGGGACAUCGUAAAGCCUGACCCCCCCCAGUGCCAGUACGUGGCCACCAAUGGAACAGUGACCUGGACAUACCCCAGGACCUGGAGCACCCCAAACUCCUACUUCCCUUUGACUUUCAAGGUCAAAGUUAAAAGCACAAAGAGACGCAGAUACCAGGUGUACGACACCGAGGAGCAGUGGCUGCAGCUGCCAGCCCCGGGGCCAGCAGAGGUGUGGGUGCAGGCCAGGGACCGCUGCUACCUCGGCUCCUGGAGCCCGUGGUCCUCGCUGUGCAGAUAACCAGCAAGGAGGGUGGCACAGUGCUCCCAGAGAAAGCAAAGAACGAAUUAGCACAAGAACAGAAGCACAAUUAGAAGAGAAGUUUCCAUUUGAGGUUCUUAAGAAGCCAUGACUUAUUUUUUUAACAGCUGAAUGUGGUCCUGAUUUUUGGCAGCUCUUAAAUCCCCCAGAUUCAAGUCACACUUUUAGCAACCAUCAUGUUACACGAACAUGAUUUUGACAGGUUGCUGGCAGCUAUUAUUGUAUGUCCUUAUAUUAUUAUUGUGCCUUUAUUUAUUGAAUAUUUAUUUAUUUAUUUGAUAUUUAUUUAUUUAGUAUUU